GAGACACGCCCCAGCAAGCCAGAGGUUGCCUCUCGAAAAGUUAGCAGCACCUUGCCCUCGGUUGUUUUAGUUUUUUAAACAUGGGCAAAUUGGGCUUUAUAUCACUUCUCGUAGUGUUAUUAUCAGUGCUGCUUGGCGAGAGGAUAGUCAACUUAAGGAACAGAAGUCUCGCUUCUCGUGAGCUGGUAAAGAAUCAUCUCCCCAACUGUGUUCCAUUGAAGAAUCUAAAUGAUGGCUCAGAGGAUAUAACUGUAUUUGGAGAUGGACUGGCCUUUGUCAGCACUGGUUUGAAAUUCCCAGGAAUGCCCUCCUCCGACGCACCUGGAAAGAUCCUCCUCCUCGAUCUGAAAGACUCUCGCAUGAAACCGGUCGAGUUGCGCAUGCCGAGAAACUUUGACCUUGAGACGUUCAACCCUCACGGCAUCAGUGUCCACAAAGACACAGCUGAUGACACAGUGUACCUGUUUGUCGUGAAUCAUCCUCACCACAAAAGCCAAGUGGAGUUGUUUAAAUUUGUGGAAGAGGAGUUCUCCCUGUUGCAUUUAAAGACCUUCAGGCACGAACUUCUUCACAGUGUCAACGAUAUUGUGGCAAUGGGAGUGGAUCGUUUCUACGCCACCAACGAUCACUAUUUCUCACAAACAUUCCUUAAAGCGAUAGUGGAGCCUCUCUUGGGUCAGCCUUGGACUAAUGUCGUGUACUAUAGCCCUGAUACGGUCAAAGUGGUCUCUGAAGGAUAUUACAUGGCAAAUGGCAUCAACGUCUCACCUGACAAAAGGCAUAUAUAUGUGGCUGAUGUAUUGGACCAUAAUGUGCACGUGUUGGAGAGGAUGGAAGACAAUGCAUUGGUCUCUGUGAAGCCUGUGGCUUUGGGGUCACUCUGUGACAACAUCGAAGUUGACCCUCAAACAGGUGACCUGUGGUUAGGCUGCCACCCCAACGGAUGGAAACUUUUAAACUUUGACCCCAACGAUCCACCCGGAUCAGAGGUCAUCCGCAUUCAGAACAUUCACUCCGAGGAACCACUGGUGACUCAGGUGUAUGCUGAUGACGGUCAUGUGAUCAUAGGUUCCUCUGUAGCUGCGACCUAUGGAGGCAAAUUGCUCAUUGGCUCAGUGUUUCAUAAAGCCUUAUCCUGUGAUUUGAAGUAGGCAGGGACAGCGAAACAGGUGACGCAUAAAUAAGAGACGUAAACAAGCCUUUGGGAUAAAUAAGUGGUGAUUGGCAUGAUGUUAUUUUUAGAAUGAUGAUGAUAAAUUGUUUUCUGCGCACUAAAAAUAUGUACAGUGGUGCCACAGAAAAAUGUUGACAACAUCGAGCCAGCCUUCAAUUAAUUUUUUAGUACAGAUGGCGUGUUAAAGGUCUCUGCUUUGGAUCCAUUUCAGGUGAAUAAGCUUAAUUUUUUUUACUUUUUAAAACUAAAACUAACAAGCUUGUCAACCCACUGGAAAACGCAGGAGUUCAUCAUAUGUAACAAUAUAACUGUCUGACUUACUGUGUCGUCACACUUCACUAAUACUACAUUCAUCACACAGGAGCUUAACACUCAAAUGCGUACCUGACAAAUGCACCAAUAUGAGUUUAAAAUAGAAAAAAAAACAUUUUAAAAUUUGUAAAGGUGUGAGGUUUUACUUUUGAAUAAAUAGUUUCAGAUUGGACUACAUUUAAUUUAGAACUGUGAACCAAAAAAAGUACACAGUAUCAAAAACACUUCACUCAUACUACAUUCAUCACACAGGAGCUUAACACUCAAAUGCGUACCUGACAAAUGCACCAAUAUGAGUUAAAAAAAAAACAUUUUAAAAUUUGUAAAGGUGUGAGGUUUUACUUUUGAAUGAAUAGUUUCAGAUUGGACUCCAUUUAAUUUAGAACUGUGAACCAAAACAAAGUGCACAGUAUCAAAAACACUUCACUAAUACUACAUUCAUCACACAGGAGCUUAAUGCUCAAAUGUGUACCUGACAAAUGCAUCAAUAUGAGUUUUUAAAAUAGAAAAAAAAAAACAUUUAAAAAUUUUGUAAAGGUAUGAGGUUUUACUUUUGAAUGAAUAGUUUCAGAUUGGACUACAUUUAAUUUAGAACUGUGAACCAAAAAAAAAGUGCACAGUAUAAAAAAUGUUGGUGUAUCCAUGUUGUUGAUGAUAUGCUCAUAUCAAUUUUUUCCCAAAGAAUAGCCUUACUUGUGCCACUAUUUUAGAAAAAAUUGAUGAAAAUGUACCCAUUUUCAUUGUUGUUAAUUACCACAAUGUUGGCUUGUGAAUAUAUGGGUAUGAUCAGUGUCAUAAUGAAAAAUAAAUGUAUUUUGUGUAUGAUUCCAAUAGUUUUUUUAGCAGUUUUAUUUGUUAGUACACUCACUGUGCUUUGCCAGCAGGUCUACAUUGUCAUAUGUAGUAUUGUACACUGGCCACUAGGUGUCGAUAAUGUGGCUAAUGUUCAAUGAGACACACUGGAAGCCGAACUUCAUUGCCAGUACAACAAGCUUUUAUGGCGGGGUUGAAUUAUGAUUUUAUUAUGAUUGGAACAUGUCACUGAAAAACAGACUUAAAUACAUCAUAUAGAGCGAUGACCAUUUUAAUUUAAUCUAUUGAACAAUUGAAACUGAUUUUGAAGGAUUACUACAAUUUUAAGUCGCUAACAUUUAAAGUAGCUACUGAGGAACUAAUGAGUGGUUUUUAGGGUUAGGUAGGUUCGUUCCUCAAUAACUACUGUCAUUUUGUGUACCUUUAUUGUAAAGUGUUAUAAAUAUCUUACA